CAUUAUUACACAAAUGCCAUGGGUUCUCUCCUCGAGUCAAAAUCCAGGACCAUCGACGAGACGACGGCACGGCGAAGGUGACUGGUUGAUCGUUCCGAUCGGCAGCUCUCCCUGAUCAAAGAUGGGGCGAUUCCAAAGUUUGAGGAAUUUUGAUGCAUUUCCUCGCGCAGAGGAGCACCUAUUGCAGAAGACUCAUUCAGGGGCUAUUGUUUCCAUCAUUGGUAUUGCUGUAAUGGUCACUUUGUUUGUACACGAGCUGCAGUAUUACCUCACUACCUAUACCGUUCAUCAGAUGUCUGUGGAUGUAAAGCGAGGAGAAAAUCUUCCUAUUCAUAUAAAUAUUACAUUCCCAUCGUUACCUUGUGAAGUUCUAAGUGUGGACGCCAUUGACAUGUCUGGAAAACAUGAGGUGGAUCUGGACACAAAUAUUUGGAAACUUCGUUUGACUAGCGAUGGAAAAAUUAUGGGUGCAGAAUAUUUAUCAGAUCUUGUUGAAAAAGAACACUCAGGUCACAAACAUGAUGAAAGCGAUCAUCAUGAUGAAUCCUCUCAGCACAAGCACGAACAUACAUUGGGCUCUGAUGCAGAAAAAAUGAUUGAGAAUGUCAAGCAGGCUAUUUCAAAUGGUGAAGGAUGUAGAGUAUAUGGAGUUUUGGAUGUGCAGAGGGUUGCUGGUAACUUCCAUAUAUCGGUCCAUGGUUUAAAUAUUUUUGUUGCACAGCAGAUUUUUGGAGGAGCAAAAAAAGUGAAUGUAAGUCAUGUGAUUCACGAUUUGUCUUUUGGACCAAAGUAUCCAGGGAUCCAUAAUCCUCUUGAUGGAACUGCAAGGAUACUAGAUGAUACAAGUGGAACGUUCAAGUAUUAUAUAAAGAUUGUUCCAACGGAAUACAGAUACCUCUCUAAAGAAGUGUUGCCUACAAACCAGUUUUCUGUCACAGAAUACUUUGUGCAAAUGCGUGACUUUGAUAGGUCAUGGCCAGCUGUUUUCUUCUUGUAUGAUCUGUCACCUAUUACGGUGACAAUAAGAGAAGAACGACGUAGUUUUCUUCAUUUCCUAACUCGGCUAUGUGCUGUGCUUGGUGGCACAUUUGCUUUAACAGGAAUGCUGGAUCGAUGGAUGUACCGAAUUAUCGAAGCCAUGACGAAGUCAAAGAGACAGCAGAGCAUAUCGAGGUGAUCGCAAACUGCACUUUGUAGUAAUUAUGGAAAUCCGAGGAACUAUCAUCUUCUAAAACCUUUUGCUUCGAGUCUUAAAAAGGGUUGUCGGUUGAUCUCGAUCGACAAAGUUUAGGGAGUUUUUGUGAUCAUAGAAUCUUAACAUUCACUUGAUUUUGUACUAAUAUAUCAGUCUUUUUGUGCCUUGGUAAAA